AUGGCUUCCACGACAGCACAGACUAGCUACGGCCACUGCGAUACCUUCUUCGUCGAGGGCUACGAAAACACAGAUGGCAUCUUUGCUAGAGCAGCUGCUGAGAGGGAGAGAGCACGUGCUAUCGGAAAGGUUCAACAAAAGCACAUGGCUGCCAACUUGUCUCGUCUGACGAGCAAGGUGUACCUGAACGAUGUGCUUGAGCAUAUGGAGGUCAUGGAGGCCGAGACGAUGCCGGACAUCAACUCCAUCGAGAUUCAAACCGAGAUUCAGUGGUUUAUGCGUCCCUACCUCCUAGACUUCCUCCUCGAAGCUCACCACGCUUUCCAACUCCUCCCCGAGACCUUGUUCCUUGCCGUCAACCUUCUCGACAGAUACUGCUCGAAGCGUGUCGUCUACAAGCGUCACUAUCAGCUGGUCGGCUGUGCCUCGUUACUCAUCGCCGCCAAGUACGGUGAUCGUAAAGAACGUGUGCCUACCAUCAAGGAACUCAAGUCCAUGUGCUGCUCUCUCUACGACGACGACAUGUUCACACAAAUGGAAUGGCACGUGCUGCAGACCCUCAACUGGAUCGUCGGUCACCCAACUGUUACUGGCUUCCUCGAGAUUGCUCUCUCCGAAACAGGUGCCGAUGCAGAGGUGCAGAACAUGGCUACAUACAUCUCCGAAAUGGCUCUCUACCACAAGGAGUUCAUCCCCGUGUUGCCUUCAGUCAUGGCCAGGUCUUCGCUAGCUCUUGCCCGUUACGUCCUUGGUCGUCCUCAGGUGCAUCACCCAGAGUGGGCCGCUAGAUAUGACUCCAACGUCGUCAUGGACCUUUCCAACCAGCUCUCGCGUCCCUCGCAGGCUCUCUUCCGCAAGUACUCGUCCGCCCAUCUCUCAAACGUCGCCACUACUCUGGAGCAGUUCCUGCAGCGCCAAAACCUCAUGCAGCAACAACAGCAGCAGCAGGCUGCAUCGCAACAAACGUACCCCUCGCCAGCACAGUCGACACUGGACGUGCAGCAAGUCUCUGGCGCUAUGAUGGCACCUCAGACUCCCCAGAAGGCUGUAUACGCUGCAGUUCCCAUUGGUGUCCUUACACCUCCUGAGACCCCGGAGAAGGACUACUACGACAACUCAAGCUACAACGUGAACCAAAACCUGAUGCACCGCCUCCACGCAUGCUCAAACAUGACUUCUGUCCCAAGCCAAUCGUCAUACCAGUACAGCUCAUACCCGACAUCAUACCCAUCACAAUGA